GGUCCUUGUGUAGGUGACAUUCAUCUGAAGGGGACCGGCUGUGGUGAAGCAGGAGCUGCACAGAAUCUACAGACUAGGAACCAUGGCACAGGCGGUACAGAAACUGGUUGCUAAAGUGCCAGGUUUGGUUGGCGCUGCUGUGAGCUUCUCAAAACCCCGGCUAUCAACCUUCUGGUACUAUGCCCGUGUGGAGCUGGUGCCACCUUCCCCUGCUGAGGUCUCCAAGGCAGUGGCUGGAGUGUCCGACCUUGUAAAGGCUUUCCAGGCAGGACGCCUGGGUCAGACCACAGUCAGGGACGCUCUGAGGAACGGCCUGGUCGCCACAGAAGUUCUGAUGUGGUUUUACAUUGGCGAGAUCAUUGGAAAAGGUGGCUUUGUGGGAUAUGAUGUGUAAAUGUGGACUGUCCUUGUUGCUUGUUUUCCUAAGCCCUUUGUUUCCGGUCUGAACUUUUUGGAAUGCAGGAAGUAAAUAAAUAUGUAUUGUUAAACUAAAAA